GUAUGGUACUGUUAUCAAAAGUAGUUAAGUCUUGUCGAAUAUAUGCGCCCUAUCUGACCAUACGGGAGAUAAGCGCAACUGUAUCUGGCUUCCGCAAGUAUAAAACUGAUACGGCUAACGCAGAAGUGAGUCGACAGUCUCAAGUUUUAGAUAUCUGUAAGAAACCUCGGCACUCCUCAAGAGAGCCUUCAUUACGAAGAAUGAAAUUUAACUACCCAGUUGCAAGAAGAGAUGAAAGUGUAACAGAAGAAUACCACGGAAUAGAGAUAAGUGAUCCUUACCGAUGGCUUGAGGACCCAGAUUCAUCUGAAACAGCUAAAUUUGUCGAUGAACAAAAUGCUGUUACAAGACCCUAUCUCGAUAGUUGCCCAGUGAGAUCAGACAUAAACUCAAGACUUACAGAACUAUGGAACUAUCCAAAGUACUCAUGCCCAUAUAGACAUGGAGAGAGAUAUUUCUUCUAUAUGAAUACUGGACUGCAGAAUCAGAGUGUACUGUAUGUUCAAGAUUCAUUGCACUCAGAACCUAGAGUGUUUUUAGACCCCAACACAUUGUCAGAAGAUGGAACAGUUGCAUUAUCUCGAACACGAUUUUCUGAAGAUGGAGAAACAUUAGCAUAUGGACUUAGUAGGAGUGGUUCUGACUGGAUUACAAUACAUUUCAAAGAUGUCAAAAGUGGCAAUGAAUACCCUGAAGUGUUAGAGAAAGUUAAGUUCUCGCCAAUGACCUGGACUCAUGAUAACAAAGGAAUAUUUUAUGGUCGAUAUCCGGACCAAGAGGGAAAAACUGAUGGUUCAGAAACGGUUAGCAACCAACAUCAGAAGCUCUAUUACCACCUCAUUGGAACUCCUCAGUCAGAAGAUGUGCUUGUAGUAGAAUUUCCUGAUGAACCAUUGUGGAGAAUUGGUGCUGAAGUGAGUGAUUGUGGACAGUGGUUGAUUAUUACACCUCAGAAGGAUUGCAGAGAUAAUUUGUUAUUUUUCUGUGACCUCGACAUUUUGCCCAAUGGAAAAAUAUCUGGAAAGCUUCCACUGACCCAAGUUGUACAUAAAUUUGAAGCAGAUUAUGAGUAUGUUACAAAUGAAGGGCCAGAAUGUAUUUUCCGCACCAAUAAGGAUGCUCCAAAUUACCGUCUUGUGAAAAUAAAUUUCCUGGAUCCAGUGCAAGAGAAAUGGACAACACUGAUAAAGGAGCAUUCUAAAGAUGUUUUGGACUGGGCUAGUCCUGUAAAUCAAGACAAAUUAGCUGUUUGUUACAUCCAUGAUGUUAAGAGUGUGCUACAAUUGCACGAUUUAAAUAAUGGUAGUUUGCUGAAAACAUUUCCCCUUGAUGUGGGCACUGUUACGGGUUAUUCGGGAAAGAAGAAACAUUCAGAGAUGUUUUACCAGUUUACAUCAUUUCUAACCCCUGGAAUUAUAUAUCACUGUGAUCUCACAAAGGAGGAACUAGAACCAUCUGUCUUUAGAGAGAUAAAAUUCCAGGGAUUUGAUCCCAGUCCAUAUGAAACUAAACAAGUAUUUUUUUCAAGCAAAGAUGGCACACAAGUUCCAAUGUUCAUCGUCCAUAAAAAGGGUCUAGUGCAAGAUGGAAGCAAUCCAUGUCUGCUAUACGGUUAUGGAGGUUUUAAUGUCAGCAUUCAACCGACAUUUAGUGUUACAAGACUGGUGUUCAUUCAGCACUUUGGGGGUAUAUUGGCUGUAGCUAAUAUUAGAGGCGGAGGAGAAUAUGGGGAAGCUUGGCACAAUGCUGGUAGACUUUUCAACAAGCAGAAUGUGUUUGAUGAUUUCCAGUGUGCUGCUGAGUAUCUUAUAAAAGAAAAAUUCACAUCAAGUAACAAACUUACUAUUCAGGGUGGUUCUAAUGGAGGACUUCUAGUAGCAGCAUGUAUAAACCAAAGACCAGAGCUUUUUGGUGCAGCUAUAGCUCAAGUUGGUGUUCUUGAUAUGCUGAGAUUUCAUAAGUUCACAAUUGGUUAUGCGUGGGUGUCGGACUAUGGCAGUUCAGAUGACCAAAAACAUUUCGAAAAUCUGCUUAAAUUUUCACCUCUUCAUAAUGUGAAAGUUCCAGAUGGAGAUGGAACACAGUAUCCAGCCACUCUAUUGUUAACUGCUGAUCAUGAUGACAGAGUUGUCCCUCUCCACUCCCUGAAGUUCAUUGCAACACUACAUCAUGUUCUGCGAGAUGUGAAGAAACAGACAAACCCUUUGCUUAUACGUAUUGAAACAAAAGCAGGACAUGGAGGAGGAAAACCAACAGCCAAACUGAUAGAAGAAAGCACUGACAUUUUAUGCUUCUUGGUACAAGCACUUGGGCUUGAGUUUAAGAAAUGAAGAAUCUGUGGUUCAUCAGGAGGGUAUACUACUGAAAAUGAAGACUAUUUGGAAAGUCCCAUCUGCAGAAGAUCCUUGUGUACUUACAUGCAGAAUUAACCAUCAUCACAUCUACCAAGGCCUAAGGAUUUCUGAGAAGCAUUUGAUUAUUUUGUGUGUGUGUGUGUGUGUGUGUGUGUGUGUCAGAGUGUCAGAGAGUGAGUUCAAUUCUAUUGGUCAUUGUAUGUAUGUACAAUGUCAAUAUUAAUUAUAUUUGACAUGCAGAUACGCCUCAGAAGGAAAAACGUUUUUGCCAUGCAUGUGAUGUAUGCUAUAUAUUGCAUUUUUUUUCUGUUGUAUGCUGUUCUUUGCAGUGAAUCCCAAUGUUCGUGAAGAUUGAAAAAAGUGAUCACAUCACGCCAUUUAUAGUCGGGCACUAAACUUUGUGUACAGUGCUAAGUAUUACACAAUACGUAUUGUAACAGGCGUGUCAAAACUUUGAACUGAACUGUUGGCUGUGUAAUUUUAGAAGGAAAUGGAGAUUAAUAUGCUAGUAAUAAUUGUUUGUAAUGAUGCCCCUGAACAAAACAAGUGUUGCAUUUUAUGGAAUAUUUGUUAUUAAGGUGUGGUAAUUUUUAGACUGUGGACUUAUUUUUGGCACGUCUUUGAGAGAAAUGCAUUGAGCUGAAGAUACCAAAGGUGUAAAAUUUACAUUACCUGUAAGGCUUUGUGCACUAGUGCUUCAUAACCUCUAAAAGUACAAAUUAAUGGAGGCUAGGCGGCAGUUGUGAACAGUAAAAUGAUAUUCUGUGAUGCAUUGUUGUUUAUGUAAUCCAUUGCUUUACAAUUUCAAAGCAAUUAAAUACGUUACUUUUCCUAACUUUGCAAGAUCUCACAUUAUUUUGCUAUAAUUAGCUACUGUAUUUCAAAAUCUGUAUUUGUCCAGAGUUCAGUAUUUAAAAUUUAUAUACAUUAUUUGCUCAAUGGCAGUGGUUUUACUGUCAGUCACAAAUUAUUUAUUUAUAACAGUGACAAAAUGGUACCACUCCCACUCUCGUGUUUGAGCUGUCUGGUGGAUUUAAAAGUAAUUGCCACAAAAUAUUAGCUCUUAUCUUAAGCGCUUAACUUUCACCUAGAUCUGAUGUAUAUAAAAUAUCACUAAAAAGCUGCUGGAUUUCAAGAAAAAAGUAAGCCCUGUGUGUCAUAGUGUUAGAAGAAUUUGACAUUAAACUGUCUGUUGGAUCACUAUAAAUAAUCAUGGCUUGUAACUUGUGCCAUGAGAGGGAUGUAUUUGGAGUAGUCCAUAGGUUAGUUGUCUCCUGUUAGGAAUGAAUUUCUUUUCUUCAUUAGUAAGGAAAUGUGAGAGACAAAAUUUGUUAAAUUAUUCAGUUGUUAGGUAUAGUAUGCGGUGAUAUCUGUAUUCUUAUAUUACAGUGUCACAAAUUUUGGCUUCAAAUAGUUUGCGACCUUAAAUUGUUGGAUAUGGGCAAAGAAGUAACAAAUGUGUAUUUGGUGUGCUUUGUUUUGGUUCAAAUGGUUCUGAGCACUAUGGGACUUAACAUCUGUGGUCAUCAGUCCCCUAGAACUUAGAACUACUUAAACCUAACUAACCUAAGGACAUCACACACAUCCAUGCCCGAGGCAGGAUUCGAACCUGCGACCGUAGCAGUCGCGCGGUUCCGGACUGCGCGCCUAGAACCGCCAGACCACCGCGGCUGGCCCUUGUUUUGGUCUCGGUGUAUUUAUUGUUGCCUUUUUCUUUUGAAAAGUUUGACUAGUAGGAAAACAGUGGUUAUCAGUGUUUUAUUAACCAUAUGGGUCAAUCGUGGGUGGUGUACAAGAAGUGGAAUGUAUCAAAAUAACCACCCACAGGCACAAUGUGGUGGGGGCACUGAGUGAUGGGUAGGCACAUCAAGAACUGAAAUAUGAUGUUUCAGCUUAAAAACUUCCAUUCAUCUUCAGGGUUUAAUAUGUGUGUAUUGUUGAUAUAUUUUUUGAUUGAUGUAACUUGAUCUAGAGUUAUCAUUAAUGAUGGGCUGAACUCCAUUAGUAACAAGAGCACAUUUACCUGAGUACUACUGCCUUUAAAAUGAAAAUGUGAAAGUUAGUACUGAAAAUUCAGUCUCUUUUAAUAUAUUUGGAAUACCUUCACAACAAAACCAGACUAAAACAAGAAUGAUCACAAAUUGCACUGGUUUACUAUCUGCAGAGUAGAAAUUACAAAAUUGUUUCCCUCAUGUGCAGCUAAGAACGAAUUAAAUAGAAGUGGAAGGGGGUUCACAAGCGAACAUGGGUGAGGGACACAACAUCUAGAUAAGAUUAUUUUCAUUGCAUAACGUAGUCACUUGGUUUAGAGAGAGAGAGAGAGAGAGAGAGAGAGAGAGAGAGAGAGAUAGAGAGAGCGCUUAUUAUUGCACGACUCCAUAUUCUCACUGUCACAACUUAUUUGGUUGUCUAUUCGUAGGUGAUAUACUGUAAUUCGCUGUUCUGUAUGAAGAGUCUGAGUGGAUAGUUCAGACAGUGAAGGAGUUUUCCAUACCAUUUUUUCCAGAUUAAAUUUACUCAUUUAAGAUAUCUGUACAUUAAAUUUCCUUUUACUGGACAUUUUGUCGUAGACAAUAAAUUAAAAAUUGUUUUAAACAGGGUUUAGUAUCUGAUGGAAACUUCCUAUGUUUUGCUUCAAAAUAUGAAGUAACAAAAGUAAUUAAUGAUAGUUUCUCUACAUUAUUCCUUUUCAUAUGUCCAUUGCAUGGCAGCUUAAUCUUUACGAUCUGAUUCUUCAUCCUUAGUUCAUUUCUAAUUACGUAUCUAAUAGUUUUUGUGUGACUUCUAACACGGGUAGAGAUACAGACGUCAUGUUAUUGAAAUCAGUGCUGCGAAGGUGGAAACUGUAAUGUGUACUAUGUGCUGUUACAUUUAGGCAGAGAGAUUUUAAGAUUCAGAAGUUUUUCUCUGAUCUUUUUAAACCAGUCGUAUUGCCUGUAAAAUACAUGUUUACAAAAUUGUCAUGCUUAUAAUGUAUGAUAAUCGAAAAAGUGGCUUAUAAAUUUUGUAUAUAUCAAGUUUAACAAGAUACAUAUGGAUUAUCAAGUGCAUGUGUCAAAGUUAAGAACUUCGCUGUAACAGUUUUCUGUUAAUAUACAUAUAUAUUUUUGGAUAUAUUUGUUGUUUCAGUACAGGUAAGAUGCAGUUUCAAGCGUGUUAAGAGGCAACUGAACAGGUGCAGUAUGCACCUGACUGUGUCAGAAAACUGUAACAUACUACUCAAAAAUAACUUUAAUGCCAGUUACUCAUAUCAUUGUUAGCUGUUACUAAUGUUUUUGUAUGUGGUGAUUGUGUCGUCACAGUGAUGUGUUCCCCUGAACUCAUAAUUGCUAAUUUUAGGAUAUAGUAAUAAAUCAUUGGUAGGUGAAGCAUUAACACUGCAGUUUACAAAAUAAUCUAAACUAUUUAGUGUAAUAAGUCUUUUUGUUUUACUGUAUAUGUACAUGAGACUCCAGUUGGAGAUUGUGCAAGAACUUGUUAGUAUAUUUUUACUUGUGCCAGUGCUACUGGUAUGGUUAUUGUGCCAGAAUUUCUACAGUCCUGUCAAUUUGUUAACUAUUGAAUCCCUUCAUACUGGCUUACUUGUAGAGCUAAUUCAAAUUUAAUCAGCCCCUAAUGUUGCUGUAACGACAGGGUGACGGUUAUUGAACUACAUGAAAAAGAAAAAAGAAAAAACACCAUAAAUUAGGUACAAACUAAAGUGUGUACUCACUUUAUUCAACAUGUAAACAUCACUACAGAUAUUUGGCUCUAGUUAUGACUUCUUGGAUUUGCCUGCCAUCAUUGGCGAUGUGGCGCAGACGAAUAGUGAAAUUCUGCACAACCUGCUAAAGUGUGGAACAUCAGUGACCUCCUGAAUGGCUGUUUUCAGCUCAGCAGUGCUUUUGGGGUUAUUACUCUACAACUUGUCUUCUAUGUAGCCCCCACAAAAAGGAGACAUGUGUUCAGAUCAAGAGAAUAUGGUGGUCAAUCAAGGCCAAUGCCAGUGGCCUCUGGGUACCCUACAGCCAGAAUGCAGUCCCCAAAGUUCUCCUCCGGGACAUUAAACACUCUCCUUCUAUGAUGGCAUCGAGCUCCGUCUUUUAUGAACCACAUCAUGUCUAAAUUAGGGUUACUUUGGAUAAUGGGGAUGAAAUCAUCUUCCAGAAUCUUCACAUACCGUUCAGUAGUCACCGUGCCAUCAAGGAAUAUCAAACCAGUUAUUCCAUGACUGGACAUUGCACACCACAAAGUCAUCCAUUGAGAAUGAAGAGACUUAUUGAUAGUGAAAUGCGGAUUAUCUGUCCUGCAGAUGCACCAAUUUUAUUGAUGAACCCAUCCAAAUGAAAGUGGACUUCGUCACUAAACCGAAGAUACCAAUUCACAUCAUGUCCCGCAGUCAACCAUGCUUUUUGAAUGUCCUAACACAAACCAUUCAGAAAUUGAUAGUUUUUAUUUAAUAUAUUUCAAUAACUGUCACCCUGUAUAAUCAUUUACCACCAGAAUGCACAAAGCCCUGUCCUUACAUUCACUCUCGUAGUUAUGUGCUAGUAUUUUCUGUCAGUUGUACUUCAGUUUUCUUCUUCAUGUGCUUCUCUAUAUUUCUUUCUACUUAUUACUAUGUCUCAUUGAGUGAAUCAGUUUGUGGUGAUUUGGGGUCAUUUACAAUCUCCUUCAGCCAUCUCUCUACUUUUCCCCCUCACUUCUGCAACAGUAUGCUGCCUCCGUAAAACUUAAUUUUCUCAUGUUUACAGAUAAAUUCUGUGUCCUUUUAUCACAACACCAAUCUUCUACAUGGCUGUCAUAUCAUCCAUCUACUUGCUGUAUUUAUUAUAGAUGUGUCAAACUUUGUCACCCAUGUAAAGUAUACAGUUGCAGAGACAAAUAUAUGCACAAUUUCUUCUGUGUUGCUUCAGAUGACAGUCAGAAAUUUACUUGUACAAGCAGCCAUUAAUAAUAACCUGCAGAUCUGAAACCACUGGCAUCAGGCCAUUGACACUAGUAUUACAUGGAUGUUCCAUGAGGACUAGUCAUAAUGUUCACAAUAGAUAUAUUAAUCAAAACUUUUCAUUUGCACAUUUGGUACUGUCAUUGUUAAUUUUUGCUUCAGUGAAUGUUAUAGGGAUUGCUCUUAUGUGAUGGUUUGCUAGCUAUGUGUGCAAUAUUCUCAUUUAUUUGGCAAAUCUGCAUUGGUACAUGGUACAAGUAUUUGCAGUGGAAAAGUUAACGAAAUAAUGAAAAAAAUGUUAUGGGCACCACCAUUCAUAAAUUUUGAAGUUACAUGGAUUACACACAGUUACAAAAUUCUUAUUCUGGAUUUAGUGACAAAAUUUGUCAUUUUACAUUCCCUCGACAUUGUCUGAACUGCUUGACCUCUCUCCCACUUACCAUUUCAGAGUUCACAACACCUAUAUUUUAGUCAGAUUUAUAUAACUUUCAUGUUUAGUGUGUUAGAUUGAUAAAUUUAUCAGCAAUAAAUUAAAUGCCAUCAAGUUAAGAACAUUUUCUUCCCAGAUGCAAUUUAUGGGACAAAGAAGCUAAAUGAAAUGCUUUUUUAUUUGUUAAUUUAUUGUGGGUGUGCUAUGUUUCUUUGUAAUUGAAGCAUCCCACGUGUAUGAAUUCUUUGAAACUGAAUAAUACCUCAGGUCUGUCGCAUGUAUAAAUGGUAACAUUUUAAAAGUGCUUUAAAGAACUGUUAUGUACUUAAUGAAAUAAACACACAAUCUGUAA